UCACAUGUUUUUCCCAAAAUUAGUUUUUUGAAAUCGAAACUAUUUGCCGUUGUUUCUAAUUCACAUUUCUUGAUUAAUCCAAGUUAAUAACAAAAACAAAUCUAAUUGAAAAUGUCUAUUGGUAUUCCAAUUAAAGUUUUACAUGAAGCUGAAGGACACAUAAUCACUGUGGAAACUACUAAUGGAGAAGUGUUUAGAGGUAAACUUAUCGAAGCUGAAGACAAUAUGAAUGUUAUGAUGUCUCAAAUUACGGCUACUUCAAGGGAUGGUAAAGUUACCAGUCUUGAAACCAUAUUCAUUAGAGGAUCCAAAAUACGAUUUUUAAUUUUACCGGAUAUGUUGAAAAAUGCGCCCAUGUUUAAAAAGAUGGGCUCUAAACCGGGUACGAAAUCUAGUGUUACUGUGCGUGGUAAAAGUGCUCUAUUGAAAGCUCAAGUUGCUCGUGGCCGUGGUAGAGCUCGAGUUAUGAUGGCUAAACGGCCUGGCUAAUUGUAUCGGAUAAAUUAAUCAACAGGCGGAGUUUCUUUUCCUUCUAAUCCCUGAUGCUUGAAAACAACCAGAGAAAGAUAUGACUAGUUUCAUUUAAUCUAUUCUCUCAAAAAAUGAAUGCUUUGUAAUAAACUGCUUACAAAGUGAAUCAAAUGAAUCAAGUUUACUCAAUCAAAUCUUUUAUCCCACAUUCACCAACUUAAUUUAUACUCUUAUAUUUUCAAACUUUCCAUUGUCCCUUGAAAUUCGGCAUGUCAAUGAAUGAUGUCCAAUAAAAAAGUAUUAUGUUAUUCAGUA